AAGAAACCCUUUAACACUAACACUAUUGCAAACUUUCACGUCUUUGGCUUAACUAACUGCGUUGAGGUUUAGCAUACAUUAGCAAAAAAUGUACGUACACAACACCAGAUACGUAUGUCAUGAAAUGUGCACUCUUUAGUGUACAUUUUACAAUACCAGCCUUUUGAUUCCAAAAGGCCUCUCUCUCUCUCUCUCUCUCCUUACUCUACACCUCUCUCUCUCUCUUUUCGGCACAACAACAAUGUCGCUAUCCUCUACUCUCUCCCAACUCUCCAUAACUCUCCUUCUCAUCAGCAUCGCCGAUAUCUGCAACUCCGAGCACAACCAAACCCGGGAGUUCCUCAAACUCCCAUUGCUCCACCGAAACCCCUUCGCUUCUCCCUCCGAAACCCUCUCCUCCGACUCCCACCGCCUCUCCGUCCUCCUCCACCGCAAAGCCGUCAAAUCGCCGGUCGUCUCCGGCGCCUCCACCGGCUCCGGACAGUACUUUGUCGACCUCCGCAUCGGAACUCCGCCGCAAAGGCUCCUCCUCGUCGCCGACACCGGAAGCGAUCUGGUUUGGCUGCGGUGCUCCGCCUGCAAAAACUGCACCAAUCGGAGCCCCGGAUCGGCCUUCCUCGCCCGCCACUCCGCCACAUUCUCUCCCCACCACUGUUACGAUCCGGUUUGCCGACUAGUCCCUGGCCCGAACCCCUGUAACCGGACCCGGAUCCACAGCCCAUGCCGCUACGAGUAUUCCUAUGCGGACGGGUCCACCACAAGCGGGUUCUUUUCAAAGGAAACGACGACGUUGAGGUUAAACUCCGGGCGGGAGACGAAACUGAAAGGCCUAAACUUCGGGUGCGCGUUUCGGACCUCCGGCCCGAGUGUUUCUGGCGGGAGCUUCAACGGGGCCCAAGGAGUAAUGGGCCUGGGCGAAGGACCCAUCUCGUUCUCGACCCAACUCGGUCGCCGAUUCGGGAACAAGUUCUCGUACUGUCUCAUGGACUACACGAUAUCUCCGCCGCCGACAAGUUAUCUCACGAUCGGAGCAGCCCAAAGCGACGUAGUUUCGAAAAUCCCCAAAAUGGCCUUCACGCCGUUAAUAACUAACCCUCUGUCGCCCACAUUUUACUACAUCGGCAUCAGGAGCGUCUCCAUCGGCGGGAGGAAAUUACCGAUCAGCCCCUCCGUUUGGUCCGUCGACGAGCUGGGUAACGGCGGCACCGUUAUGGACUCCGGAACUACUCUGACGUUCCUCUCCGAGCCGGCUUACCGUUUGGUGCUGGCAGCGUUUAGACGGCGAGUCAGGUUCCCGAGUCCGGCCGAGUCGAUCCCGGGUUUCGAUCUGUGCGUGAACGUGUCGGGCGAGUCGAGGCGGGGUCUGCCGCGACUCAGCUUCGGACUCGCGGGGAACUCGGUGUUCUCGCCGCCGCCGAGGAACUAUUUCAUUGAACCUGCGGAGCUAGUCAAGUGUCUGGCGAUUCAACCCGUGAGCUCGGAAGCGGGGUUUUCGGUGAUAGGGAAUCUGAUGCAACAAGGUUUCUUGUUCGAGUUCGACAGGGACAGGUCUCGGCUAGGGUUUACGCGUCGCGGAUGUGCCCCACCGUGAAAACCAACCGGAUCUGUGACUCACACACUGAGUCCGAAACUCGUUUUGUUUUGUUUUUUUUUGUUUUUAAUUUAAAAAAUUGAUUUCUGCUAAAUACAUAACACAAAAGUAAAUUAUCGUUGUUGUUGUUAUUAUUGUUAUUAUUAUUAUUAUUUGGAGAGUGUGUGGGUUUGUCUGUUUAAUUUGAACAAAGUUCUUAAUAGAGGGGACAAA